GAAAACGGAGGAAGACGGGAAGGUUUUUGUAAUCCGUUAUCUAUCUUGUAUUUCCUAUUUUCUUUCCAAAGAGGGUGGACCGGGGAAGGCGACUUUCCGAGGACGUGAAGCUUGGUUUCCGGCGUCAUAAUGGGAGAUAUUUUGGUGGUUUCGCGAGUUCGAGGUUUUGGCAAAUGAUUUUUGGUUGCGGUUUCUUCGUUGUCGUGCUGGAGACAGGUUUUCAGUGACAGAAUAAAGGCAGGAAGAGGGAGAGAGAGAAAGAGAAUCCACGAUGAAAGUCAGCGUCGAGAGAUUCGUCGUCGGAGGGAGCAGGCUGCUGCUAUUAUUUUUUAUUGAUGUCUCUCACCGUGUUGAACCCGAUGUUUUGCCUUUUCUCUUCUUCUUGUUCGUCCCCACCUGAAAGGAAUACCCUGGAAGAGAAAAUUUGAUCCAUCUUGAUUUUUGCUUCUCGCUUCUCUCUCUCUCACCCGGGACUCUCCGCGAUUUCCUGCCUUCCUAUCCCACACAUCUGAGCUCCCUCUGUCUUGUUCUUUCGUCUUCCGACGAAUUGAAGAACCACGCUUGCUUUCUCUCUGCAGUUCGCGAACGUGGGGUUUCAGCUUCUUUUGAAUGGUGCCCACCCUCCUCAUGAAAAAGUCCGUACCUGUCAGGGUUCUUUUUUGACAAGGAGUUUUGUGGGGCUUUUAUCUCGACUGAUCUGUGUUGCCAAUCUCAGAACUAGCUCCCCUCUAAGGUUUGGUUUCUGCAAUCAUCUUCUUUUCGAUGAUCAAGAAGACAGAGUUUUCCAACUCACCUAAGGUUCUCUCCUUCUUGUUGGACGACAUUCUCGUCAAAAUACUUGAGAAGGUCGAAGACAAAAAAACAUGGAGAUUAGUCUGCAGGGAUUUCCUAAAAAUCGAGGCAGUGUCGAGGAAGAGCAUCAAGAUCUUAAGGCCAGAGGUAUUGCCUAGAGUUCUCGGGAUCUUCUCUGGCUUGGAGCAUCUGGAUCUCUCUGUCUGCCCACGGCUAACGAAUCAGGUCAUUUACCGUGUUCGCAGCGAUCUCCUUAGGUCGGUCAAUCUCAGCAGGGCGACGAGAAUCGAUUGCAGGGGUCUGGAAGCUCUUGCGAAUAGAUGCCCGAAUUUGGAAGAGAUUGAUCUCUCUUAUUGCUGCAGAUUUAGUGAUUCGGAGGCAGCUGCCCUCUCUUUUGCCCCCAAUCUCAGACGCGUGACUCUGGUGAAAUGCCUAAAGAUUACGGACAUCGGACUGGUCAGAAUUGCAGUAGGAUGCAGCAAAUUGUGCUUGCUGAAUCUGAAAUGGUGCAGGUUGAUCACUGAUCUGGGUGUUGAAUUCGUAGUCACUAAGUGCAAGGAUCUCACAUUCCUCGACAUUUCCUAUCUUUCGGUAACGAACAAGUGUCUUCGUUCGAUUGCAUGCGCGAACAAGUUAGAGGUGUUAACCAUGGUAGGUUGUAUGAUGGUGGACGACAAUGGCCUAAACUGCCUAAGGAACCGCGGUUCUUCUCUUCAGAAGAUUGACGUAUCGAGGUGCAGAAACAUCAGUACUUUAGGCGUGAUUUCUUUUCUGAAAGGGAAUAAGAGAGUUCAGGAACUUGGUGCUGGAUAUUGUCUAAACGAUUUCACAUGUCAACUGUUGUCAAAGAUGACUGAUCUCAAGUACCUGACGGCAAUCAGAUUGGACGCCUGUGAAUUAUACCCAGAAUUCUUGGGAAACAUCAGCAGGAACUGCCAGUGUCUGAGUGAAAUAGGGUUGAGCAAAUGUGCUGGUGUAACAGAUGAGGGGAUCAACAAUCUUACAGAACACUGUAAGGACUUGAGAGUGCUGGACAUCACUUGCUGCCAUGAACUCACUGAUGCUGCUCUUGCUGCCAUCGCCCGCUCCUGUAAGAACCUCAGGUGCCUCAAGAUGGAAUCCUGCGGUUUGUUCACAGAGAAGGGUCUUGAGAAAAUUGGAGCAGAUCGCUCCUUCCUCCAUGAACUUGACCUGACGGACUGCAGCAUAGAUGAUGUUAGUCUCAAGCAUAUCUCUAAGUGCCGAGAGUUGCAGAUUCUAAAAUUAGGUCUCUGCAUCGAUAUAUCUGAUAAAGGAAUUGCCUCUAUUGCUUCAAGCUGCAAGCACCUACAAGAACUCGAUCUCUACAGAUGUGUGGGAAUUAGCGAUGAUGGUCUAGCAGCAUUAGCCACAGGGUGCAAGAAACUCGAGAGAAUCAACAUCUGCUAUUGUAUUGAGAUUACCGACAUAGGAUUGAAGCACAUCGCCAAUUUAAGCAAACUAUCGGAGCUUGAAAUGAGGGGACUGAUAAGAGUAACGUGCUUGGGUAUGACCGAAAUGGCGCAUGGGUUCACCAGCCUUGCCCAGUUGGAUAUAAAGCGAUGCUAUGCCAUCACUGAUCGGGCCAUCUGGGCCUUAGUUCAGAACUCUCUAAACCUCAGACAGAUAAAUAUAUCCUACUGUAGAAUAUCGGAUGGCGCGCUGUAUGCACUAUUUAGUAGACUCAAAUGCUUACAAGAUGUGAAGAUGGUGCACCUGACCCAUGUUUCUCUAGACGGCUUUAGACUUGCAUUACGAGCCUCUGACAGUGUGCAGAAGGUUAAGUUGUUGGAAGGUUUGAAGUACUUGCUCCCUCUGGACCUCAUCCACAAGCUUCAAUCACGGGGAUGCAAAAUCCGCUGGUUGAACAAGCCUCUUGUACUGUUCUAAGAUAUCUUCCUCUCUUUUCCUGUUGUAUCUUUGAUAUAUCGACUGAAAAUGCCUGACAAUUGUGUAAAAACAAAUACAUAGUAGUCUAAAGAUGAUGGAUGAUGGACGGUUUUAAGUCUGAAAAGACAAUCCACGUAUUUGAUGUCAUAAGGGAGUCAAAACUUUUUAAAGCUUAUGUAAAUUUACUGUUUGUGUCUUCACAGUGGUGCCUAUCUUCUCUUAGAAUCAUGCCCGUGCAUCUUGCCAUUUAAACUCACAGCCGUCCAACUUUGCUCUGCGAAUGCGGAGUUGUUAAGAGAGGAUACUAUCGCUCGCCGACGUGGUUAUUCAGCCUCUACAUAUGGUGGUCCUGCUAUGGUCAAAGUUAGCUCACUUUUCGUCCCCUCCAUCUUCUUGCAUGUUACAUCCUGACGGGCAUGGGAUUUAAACACUGACUGCUUAAUCGCCAAAGCCCAAUCAAUGAACUAAAAAGUAGCUUUCCUCCUUGUGGGUUGGAGUCAUCAACUCAAGCGAGAAGGAGAUACCCUUCACAAGAAAAUUUUUUUCCAUGGCAGCACUGUUACAAGUCCUGAUUAAAUUACUCAUGCAAGUGGUUUUGAUUUCCCCUAACAAGCACCCACCAAACCAGACAACUAUAUCAGACGCAUUUAAAGGAAAAAAGAUGCCUUGAAGACCAAAGAAC